AUGGCUUUCCACCAACCGACACGACAAUCCAUUCAGCGCGUCGUCCGGCCCUCGGUCGACGAGCAGGAGCUCCCGAGAAGAGAGGCGCCGAUAACCCAGGAGCGCCAGCAGGACGAGUCGCAGACAUGGGUCCUCUUCGCGCCCACCGACGUGACGACCACGUCGUACCUCACUGAGACUGACCAGUCUCUGGUGACGCCCGGCCGGUCGAGAGUGGGUGAUCUGGGAAGCUUGAACUCGGUCGCGAGAUCGGAGGUCGAGGCCGAGUUACGACCAUCUGCCUCUGCAUCGGCUGUUGCUGAAGAAGAGGACGAUGCAGAGCUUGAUAGCCUCGACAGCCACUUGCCCGAGUUUCGGUCGCUUCCCGGGCUCAACGCCCAGCAGGAUGAAAACCAAGGAUCUUUGCCCGUUUUCCCCGCUCACGAUGGACUUGGCUCUUUCCACCUGGACCAGCCGACCUUGGGUGCUGAGGCCCAAAACCAAAUAUACCAAUUCGAACGCUUCAACCCCAAGCGGCAACAUCGGAGAAAGGAAAGUUUUGAUCUGAGGCAGCUCGACGUGGAGAAUGACCAUGUUGAAGAGUCGGAGAAGCGACAGAGAAUCGAGGCGUGGCGAUUGGAACACAGCCGUGUGCUCUUGGGCGAGAUUCAGCGCGAGACAAGACGAAGACGACUCUCACAGGCAUCUCACAAACGCUCAUCAUCUAACCCUAUCCCGCUGCCUUCACAACCUGCUCACGAUGCUGAAUCUGAUAACAUGACAUGGCACGACGAAGAUGCUGUAGGAUCUCCGACCCACUCGGAGGGCAUCCUGACGAAGAUGACGAGGAAAUUCAUGCGAGAUGUGAUUGGAAUGGAUGAACGAAUGAUUUCCAUCCUGCUUGGAGAAGCCGUACCUGGGGACGACGAGGAUCUAUCAUCAACACCCCGCGCCUCGCAGCAGCUCGGGGUACAACCCCCACCACCCACAAACAGAGAGGCUUGGCAACUGGACGCUUUGGAGAAGAUAUCGAAGGAGUUGGGAAUGCUUGUGAGCCAGAUAUCUCACCACCCUGGCGCCUUUUCCACAUACUCGCGGGUCCAGCAAAUGCCUCUCCCCUAUGCCGGCCUCCCCAUCAUCCCGGAAUCCAACACGUCACACUCAGCGGCGGAUAACAUCCAUCCCACCAAACCCGAGCAGGCAUCGUUCCCUCAGUUCCAGCCUACGAUGCAGACAGCAGCUCAGCCCAUCGACAUUCGCGGCAGGACCGCGGAGCCACCAGCCGAGCCGGUGCAGGCACCACGGCAAGAUACCCAUAUGAGCAACGUGUUUACGCAAGAGGAAUGGGAGAGAGACCUGGACAUGAAGCUUGUGUUCCGGUACCUACGGUCCCGAUUCAUGCCGCGCAGCAACAACCCGCCUCCCUCGACAACGACUCACCUAGCGACGUCAAGCACACAGGACAUUGCGGCCAAACUGGCCCGCGUCCGGCAACACCACCCCCUUGUGUCGCGAAUGCGGCCCCCGACGGAGCGGCGGACGUUCAAGGCGACAACGCCCGCUAGUCCCGUGGCGCUACGGCACCCGAGCAGCUGCGCGAGUCAGAGCACAAGACGGUCGGCUCGACGGAGUAGCGUGUCGUCACGUCACUACUGGGACAUUGGGGGCUCGCUGGGUACGGGUUCUGUGAUUGCGUCCAACGGGCCGAUGGGGAGCUGGGGUGAGGUGUGA